UAAAUUCCACUUUUCUCGUUCACUCACUCCCUCUCACUCUCUCUCUCUCUCUCUCCCCCUCUCUCUCUGGUUCAUGGCCAUGGCUGUGGAAGACAGACCCACAGUCCGGGUCACAAACAUUCCACAUACAGCCAUAGCCGAAGACCUCUUAACCUUCCUCGAAUCCAAACUCGGUCCCAACUCAGUCUUCGCCAUCGAAAUCUCCACCGACCGCAAGAACUGGAAGUCCCGCGGCUUUGGUCGGGUUCAGUUCUCGACCAUUGAAGCCAAAUCCAGAGCCCACUCUCUCUCCCUCAAAAACGACCUCGUCUUCCAUUCGCGCAAUCUCAGAAUCUCCGAAUACCACGAAGACAUCAUCGUCCGUCCAGUGGACCCCAGAAACCGAGUAGACGGCGGCGUUUUGCAUGUGGGUUUCGUCGUGAAGGAGGACUUGAUGAGUGUCUUGGAGUCUUGGAAAGGUGUUCGGGCUUGGGUCAUGCCCGAGAGGAGGAAGAUCGAGUUCUGGGUUUGGCAGAGUGAGGAAUGUUACAAGCUGGAGAUUGCGUUUGAGGAUGUUUUGGAGUCUGUUGGGUGCUGUUUGGGUGGUGAGAAAGUCAAUGCCAUUCUUUUAAGGCUAAAAUAUGGGCCAAAGAUAUAUCAGAAGUUCUCUGGAAGUGAUAUAGCUUCGAAGUUCUGUGCUGAUAGGUAUCAUAUUUGCAAAGAAGAUGUUGAAUUUCUCUGGGUUCGUACUACAGAUUUCUCUGAAGUGAAUUCCAUUGGAAGAUCAACUUCACUUUUAUGGAAAAUUGAUGAAGAAAUUUUGGAGACAGAUAUUUUCACAAGUUUCCCCUGUUAUAGUGAAGAUAGGGGAGGAGUAAUUUUAGAGGAUGGUGAAGAAUUCUGUUGGGAAACUAAGAUGGUUCCACUUGUAAAAUACCGAUCGUGUUCAUCGAAUUUGCCAUAUGAGACCCUUUUCCAGCUCAAUUCCCUUGUUCAUACUCAAAAAAUCAGUUUUGCUGCAGCAGCAGAUACUAAUCUGAUUGACGUCCUUAGCAGUUUAAGUGCAGAGAAUGCUAAUGUGAUACUUCAGAAGUUGCAUAAUCUUAAGUCAAUCUGUUAUGACCCUCUUCCGUUUGUCAAGACUGCAGCACGAGUCUUAGAAGGAAGAGAAGAAACUCGUCCCUCGUCAUACAAAAGAUUAACAGAUAAUAAUCUAAUGAGUUGUCACAGGGCCCUGAUUACCCCUUUGAAGAUUUAUUGUUUGGGUCCUGAGCUUGAAACCUCUAACUAUGUGGUAAAAAAUUUCGCUGCAUAUGCUUCAGACUUUCUGAGAGUUACUUUUGUCGAUGAAGAUUGGAGUAAGCUUCCUAUAAGUGCUAUUUCCACAAGUAUUAAGAAAGGGUUUUUUUCAGAAGCUUAUAGGAGUCGGAUAUAUUAUCGGAUUUUGUCUGUUCUUCGAGAUGGGAUUGUGAUUGGAGCUAAAAGGUUUGAAUUUUUGGCUUUCUCAGCGAGUCAGCUUAGAGGAAACUCUGUUUGGAUGUUUGCCUCUAAUGAUGAUGUAAAAGCUGAAGAUAUUAGAGAAUGGAUGGGCUGCUUCAACAAGAUUCAUAGUGUUUCCAAAUGCGCAGCUAGAAUGGGUCAGUUAUUCAGUUCUUCCAUGCAAACCAUUGCUGUCCCUGCACAGGAUGUAGAGAUUAUUCCAGAUAUUGAAGUUUCUACCGAUGGUAAGGACUACUGUUUCUCAGAUGGUAUCGGAAAAAUUUCUCUGUCUUUUGCCAGGCAAGUUGCACAAAAGUGUGGGUUGAACGACAGUCCUUCAGCAUUUCAAAUUCGAUAUGGUGGAUACAAGGGGGUUAUUGCAGUUGACCGUUAUUCCUUCCGGAAGCUAUCUUUGCGUAAGAGUAUGCUUAAAUUUGAAUCCAAAAACAAAAUGCUCAAUGUCACCAAAUGGAGUGAAUCAAUGCCCUGCUAUUUGAACAGAGAGAUUGUCACCCUGUUGUCUACCUUAGGAGUGAAGGAUGAAGCAUUUGAAGCAUUGCAACGCGAACAACUGAAUCUGCUUGGAAAAAUGCGGACAAGCAGAGAGGCAGCAUUGAAUGUUUUAGAGAAUUUAAAUGGAUCUAAACCAAAAAAUAUUCUGGUAGGGAUGUUGCGACAAGGUUACGAGCCAAACUUAGAACCAUACCUCUCAAUGAUGCUUCAGGCACAUUAUGAGAACUUGUUGUGUGACUUAAAAACCAGAUGCCGGAUAUAUGUCCCAAAGGGACGGGUGCUGAUUGGAUGCUUGGACGAAACUGGUAUCUUAAAUUAUGGUCAAGUUUUUGUUCGCAUCACCAUGACAAAAGCAGAGCUAGAAAUGGGGGAUCAAAAAUUUUUCCAGAAGGUGGAUGAGCAAACAUGUAUAUUAUUGGGGAAGGUGGUUGUUACCAAAAAUCCAUGUCUUCAUCCCGGUGACAUCAGGGUCCUCGAGGCUAUCUACAGCGUGGAAUUGGAAGAAAGGGGUUUGGUGGAUUGUCUCAUCUUUCCUCAAAAAGGAGCAAGGCCUCAUCCAAAUGAAUGCUCUGGUGGUGAUCUUGAUGGAGACUUGUUUUCCAUCAGUUGGGAUGUAGAUCUCAUUCCACCUAAAACUGCACCUCCCAUGGACUACACUGGACGGAGAGCUCGUAUAAUGGAUCACGAUGUGACCCUAGAGGAAAUUCAAAAUUUUUUUGUUGAUUACAUGAUCAAUGAUACCUUGGGUGCCAUCUCAACUGCACAUUUGAUUCAUGCUGAUCGUGAACCCAAUAAAGCUUUCAAUGAAAAGUGCCUACAGUUAGCAACACUGCACUCCAUGGCAGUCGACUUUGCAAAAACUGGUGCACCUGCUGAAAUGCCCAGAAUUUUGAAACCGAGGGAAUUUCCAAAUUUCAUGGAGAGGGUAGAAAAGCCCAUGUAUAUCUCCAAUGGGGCGUUGGGAAAACUCUACCGUGCAAUUAUGGAUUCGAAGGUGGCAGAAAGUUCAUACUUUCUAUGCUCAGGGAAGAUUGAUCAAACAGCUUACGAUCAUGAACUUGAAGUGAGUGGUUUUGAGGCCUUCAUCAAAAUUGCAGAGAAACACAGGGAUCAAUACAUAGAGAAACUGAGUGCCAUAAUGAUUUAUUAUGAGGCAGAGACUGAGGAUGAGAUACUGACAGGCAAUCUGCGGAAACGUGCAGCAUAUUUGCAGCGUGAUAAUAUUAGAUACAGAGAUAUGAAGGAUCGGAUUUUGCUGUCGUUGAAAAGCCUGCAGAAGGAAGCCAAAGAGUGGUUUCAUAGUAGCUGCAAAGAGCAUGAAUAUCAGCAGAUGGCAUCAGCAUGGUACCAUGUGACUUACCACCCAAAUUUUUCCCGUGAAGGCAUGAAGUGCUUGAGCUUUCCAUGGAUCAAAGGUGAUAUUCUGCUUAACAUAAAAUCUGUAAAUAGCCUGAGAUACAAAACAUAAACAUUGUUUUUGUUGCAGACAAUUUACAUGUGAUUGUAGAACAAUAACGUAGUCCUUGUGUUAAGAAAUUUUUUUUGUCUGCAUCUGAUUAUAGAUACUUUGCUAAGUGAUAUACUGUUGUAUAUGCAUCUUAUGGAUAGAAAUGCAGCUCAUUUUUUGUUAA